AUGGCAUGGCAGUUUGCGGCGCAGGAUGCGUCCGGCCACACGUGCUUCCUCUGCGACGAGAUGUUUGUGCACAGCCACCUCUGCCCUCCUCCUCCUCCUCCUGUCGGCUGCCGGAGCAGCGUGGUGGAGGGAGCAGGCACCCGGCAGGAGCUGAUCAACGGGGAGAAAUGGAACGUCACCCAGUUCGAGACCACCCCCAAAAUGUCCACCUACCUGCUGGCCUUCAUUGUCAGCCAGUUCGACUACGUUGAGAAGACCUCGGAGGACGUGCUGAUCCGCAUCUGGGGCCGCCCCAAGGCCAUCGCCGAGGGCCAGGGCAACUACGCGCUCCAGGUGACGGGCCCCAUCCUCAGCUUCUUCGAGCGCCACUACAACACGUCGUACCCGCUGCCCAAGUCCGACCAGGUCGGGCUCCCUGACUUCAAUGCGGGCGCCAUGGAAAACUGGGGGCUGGUGACCUACCGGGAGAACUCGCUG